AAACCCGGCCUCGCAAAAAAGCGAGAAAAGCGAACAAAACCCGUUCUUUCAGGACUCCUCUCACAUAUCCCUCAUUCUGCUUCUCAAAUUAGGGUUUCAAAGAAAGCGGCCAGAUCGGAUUUACCGUCCUAACUAGAAAGUCCAGUUCGACCAUUCGAGAUGACACAGGAGCAGGACAACAAAAGGGCGGUGCUGGUGCUGCAGAAUGAAGCCCCGUACAGCCAGCGGAGAUCCUACACCAACGAGGACGAGGCCUGGAAGUCUUUCCUGGAGAAUCCACUCACAGCUGCCACCAAAGCCAUGAUGAGCAUCAACGGAGAUGACGACAGCGCAGCGGCCUUGGGGUUGCUCUACGAUUAUUACAAGGUGCCAAGAGAAAAGAGAACGCUCUCAACUUCAAAACCAGAAGUUAUUUUGACUGAUGGUGAUCUCGCCAAAAGGAACUGCAUGGUUUCUGUGCCAGAACCAGCUAUGCUGGCAGGAGAGAACAGACUCCAGCUUUUAAAGGGGCUUCCACUCAAUAUCGUCAUGCCUGGAAACCAGCAGGACAAAAGGAACCACUUCCCCUCCCCGGAUACCACGGUAACCGUCUCAAUUGCCACAGUCCCCAACUACGCCAUGAAGAGUGAAGCGUCGUCCCACAGCUUCACGGUGGGGAACCCUCCUGGUGUACACUGUGCCGAGCCAGACAGUCGCAUUGUUGUUUUUGAUCGCCGCCUCAACCCAGACCACUUCAGUCCCAACUCCCAGCCACAGAACUCCCAACGCAGGACGCCAGACUCCACCUUCACAGAGAGCUUCAAGGACGAGGCCGAUCAGGUGUUUUCUUUCCCUAGCGACCUGCAGCUGAGAAUGGAACCGGAUGGUUAUACAUUCAACAGUAUCUCGGGGAAUCAUUUCGAGUACACACUGGAAGCCUCUAAAUCCCUUCGGCAGAAGUCAGGAGAUGGCACAAUGACGUACCUGAACAAGGGGCAGUUCUAUCCAAUCACACUGAAGGAGCAUGGAAGGGGCAAAGGACUGCAUCAUCCAAUCAGCAAAGUCCGGAGCGUCGUCAUGGUUGUAUUUGGGGAAGAGAAAUGCAGGGACGACCAGCUCAAGCACUGGAAAUAUUGGCACUCUCGGCAACACACCGCCAAACAGAGAUGCGUUGACAUUGCUGAUUAUAAAGAAAGCUUCAAUACGAUCAGCAACAUUGAAGAGAUUUCAUACAACGCCAUCUCCUUCACCUGGGACAUAAAUGAUGAAGCAAAGAUCUUCAUCUCUGUGAACUGUCUGAGCACCGACUUCUCCUCUCAGAAGGGUGUCAAGGGCCUUCCUCUCAACCUCCAGAUCGACACGUACAGCUACAACAACCGCAGCAACAAGCCCAUCCAUCGUGCCUUCUGCCAGAUCAAAGUGUUCUGCGACAAGGGAGCUGAGCGCAAGAUCCGGGACGAGGAGAGGAAGCAGUCCAGGAGGAAGGGGAAGGGCACUGACCCCACUACUCCCCUCAGUACCUAUUCAGAUGUCAAGAUUCCACUCAUUGUCAAAAGGACUGACAUCACAACUUUCAAACCGAUGAGUGAAUUUGAGACUCAGCCCGUUCUCUUCAUCCCUGACCUCCACUUCGCGAACCUGCAGCGCAAUCCAUUUGGCUCAGAAGAUAUGGCAGAAGGGGAUGGGAUGAAAAGGGGACCCUUUGUGUCUGAUGAAGACUUUGGUUCAACUCCGAGAAAAGUCGCCAGGAUUGAUGACCACACAAAAGUACUGCUGUAUGUAAGGAAAGAGUCUGAGGAAGUCUUUGAUGCAAUUUUGCUGAAGACCCCAUCUCUGAAAGGACUGAUGGAAGCAGUUUCAGAGAAAUAUGAUGUGCCAAUAGAAAAAGUGGAAAAAGUUUACAAGAAGUGCAAAAAAGGGAUCCUGGUUAAUAUGGAUGACAACAUUGUGAAGCAUUACUCCAACGAAGACACCUUCCAGAUAGCGAUUGAGGAAAUGGGAGGAUCCUAUAAACUCACACUUACUGAAAUAUAAUUUGAAGAGGUUCAGAACUCGAGCAUUGAUGAAGUAGUAAAUUGUACAGUGCAUUAACCGGGUAUCAAGUACAUGAAUAUUUCGACUUGCGAAACACUGACUGUAACAAGUGUUAUGGCAUACAGACAGGACACCAGUUUACAAAUAUCUAUUUUCUUGUGCAUUAUAAAGUUGAAUUGUUUUCUGUUUCUUGAAGUACACUACUGUUGCCUUUCAGGUAGCAGCUGGGCAUUUGGAAAAUUGGUUCCCAUGUUUUUGUGUGAAUAAUAAUAAUAAUGUUUAGCACAGUAAUGUAAUGUAAAUUGCCAUUUGUGACGAUGUGUAUAUAUAAAGAAAAGAUAAGAAUGCCUUGCCCAUACUGUGUUUCUUGUGGUACAAGAUCCAUAUUUUGUUGCAAAACACCCAAGGUCUUCCUCAAAAUCUUUAGUAAAUAGCUCUAAAUUACAUUAAGAUUUUUAAAAAAAUGGUGUGAUCUUAACAGCAUCCUAAAACCUUUAACCCUGCUCUACACCUCUUUCCAUUAAUCAUUUAAUAUAUUAUUUGUAUUUUUUCAUUGUAAUCAACCCUGAGGAAAACCCCCAUUUGGUUAAUAUAAGUGUGCGAAUUUCAAUGCUCUCCAGUCCCAGACCUUGUUUUAACCCCUUCCUCAAUUACUGAACUGAGCAACACAGUAAGUUCAGCAGGUCUUUAACAGUAUUGAGACGUGCCACUGUUUAUAAAGUAACCAUAAUAUUGACAUUUCUGGUGUUUUCCGUGAGGAGUUGUAUAUGAACACCAUGGAAAGCAAAUGUCAAAGUGGUGUUGUUAAGGGUGCUGUUUCCAUCACUUGUAUGUGGAAUUGUUGCCAGCCAGGGUCUUUGAAUUACUGAAAUUUCAAUUACAAUUACUAUAUAAUCUGUUUCUUUUUUAAAAUACACUACUGCCUCAGUUCUGGGGGUCUGAAUCCUGUUACUAUAACCUAUGUAGACGUAUCCAGCCUUAUGUGUAUAGUAAGUGCAAUACAUAAUUUUAAAUAUAUAAUAUAAAUAUAUGUCUUUCAUAGUAUUUUUACUCUAGUCUCCUUCUUAAUAUUUUGCUAUGGAAUGGGUACAAAAUGUGUUCAAUGUCCAGAUGUUGUGUUAACAUUUUUUUUUUUUUUUAAUGUUAUACAAAAUGGUAACUUCAGUCAUGCAUUGUCUCAUUGUUACGGAUAUUUCAGGUCAUAGAAACGUUAUGUUUAUUUUUUUAUUUUUAUAUCAGUCUUACUGGUAAAAGGCUAUAUUGUACUUAUUAUACACAAAGUACUUAACUGUUUGUCAUAAAACAGGGAAUGGGUUGUAUGUCCUUUUGUUUUGCGUGUACAAUAUAAAUGAUGUAUAAAUGAUGUUUAUAUCAAAGGGAAAACAUUAAACAUGGCUUUUUUAUUUUA